CUGCGCACGCCAUGUAUGCGACUCCGGAUAUCGGGGCUAGACAUCAGCCACGAAUGUCAACAUGAAUGAGGUUUGCGCCAGUCCUUGUUCUUUGAUGCUCUUGUAUUCUUACUUCAAAUAAACACGUCAGCAAGAAAGUAUUCUUGUGUCUGCAAUCCUCAAGUCAUUUUGAUAAAGAAAAGUCAGUUCUUUAGUCUGAAGCACUUCUCCUGGGUCGCAAGUUUCAAGGGAGCGUUGUGCUCCGGCGGCUCUCGGCGGCGGGUCCCCCUACCCUGAUCAGAUCGCGACUCAAAACCAGACAUUUUUCAGUAAUUUGGUUACAAAAGAUUCUCUCUCUCAAGACCUUGAUGCCUAGUACUAUCCAUACGGGCAAAAUGCAGUUGAAGAAUACAGACUCGUCCGGCGGCGUUGCCGCCCAGGUAGAGCCCGUUGAGUUCAAGAAGGGCUCUUCAAGUUUACCCCUCGGCCAACAUGUUGCCAUCGACUCGAUUUCCGGACCAACAUAUGCCACAGCACAACUCCUAGUGCAGCAGAUUGCAUACAAGCUCUCGGACAAGAUCUUUUCUUAUUCUCCAGAAACUUUCGACCUGGACCUUGCCGUUAAGCAGUGGGCCAGUGACAAGGAGAACAACAUCCACGGCUAUGCUACAGAUGUGCUCCCCUUGCAAAUCCGGACAGGGGCUGGUGCCUUUGCGCUGGGCUACAUAUUCUCCAAGGAUUUCGACUUGAGCAAGAGGCAUAUCCCUCAGUCUCUCCUGGCGCCCUCGGCAAGCAUUCGUCACCUUCGUGAGGCCCUCGACCAGUUGUCACUCCUUUACGGUGUGGCAAGCCCAUUUGUGGCCCACAUCGCCGCCCUCGAUUAUUCGAAACAGGAUGGCCUUGUUGCCGAGUACGGCAGCGCGCUGCAGGCCGCCGAGGAGCUCGGCCUCGCCCUUGUCUCGAGCUCAUCGGCAUACGAAACUCAGCACAUGGCCAUCUUUGCCACUCUGCUCGCUGGUAUUCUGCCCACUCUUCACAUCUACGACGGCGUUCGCACUGCCCGCGAGACCCUUCGCAUUGUGGACGGCCUGAACGAGGCAGGCAUCAAGGAUGUCUACAACAAAGUCUUCCAGGCCGUCGGCUCUCUAAACAAGCGCCAAGACGAUGCCUCCAAGGUCCUCGAGACCCUCAAGGCUUUCAACGAGGAGCUCGGCACCGACUACCGCCCCUUUGAGUACUUUGGCCACGAGGCACCCGAGACCGUGCUGGUCGUAUUCGGCAGCGUCGAGUCGCAGAUUGCCACCCAGGUUGUGUCUUACCUUGCUGGCCAGGACAAGCGCGUCGGUGCCGUUGUUGUACGCAUCUACCGUCCCUUUAUCGAAGAGGCUUUCCUGGAUGUGCUUCCCGACUCUGUGCGUCAGAUUGCUGUCUUUGGACAAGUCCACGGCGAGAACCAGGUUGUGGACGCCUCUGUGCAGUCUGUGCUGUACUCCGAUGUCCUCACUGCUGUUUCCUUCUCGAGCAAGUGGAACAACGAACCAACUAUCGUUGACUCCAAGUACGCUGCCACUGAUGCAUUGACCCCCGAGGCUCUGGCCACGGUCUUCUCCACGCUUAUCGCCAAGGAAGGCCAGACUUUCGAUGUUCGCAUCAGCCAGCUUCAAGAAGCCCAACAGUUCUCGUUCUGGGAUGUGGACAACGCCGCUGCUGUGUCGGUUCCCACUGCCGUUGGCCAUCUGCUCACCAAGCAAUCUAACAACAACAUCUCUCUGGACGAGGUGCAUGAUAGCGUCGUUCAGGGAGGCAUUGUCCGCACUGACAUCAGAAGCUCAAAGAAGAUUGCCGACGCCCCUUACCAAAUUGAGGAGGCUGAUGUCACCUACGUAGGCGACGAAAAUCUCCUGAAAGAUGUCGACAUUCUCCGAACUAACAAGGAGAAUGGCAAGCUUGUUCUGAGGCUUCCCACAUACAAGGCCGAGGACUUGGAGAAGCGCAUUCCUGCCGAUUCUCGCAAGACAAUUCAAGAGCGUGCCAUCGAGCUUCAUGUGCUGGAUACGGCCUUUUCUCCUGCUUACGAGACAAUCGCGAAGCAGCUGGUCGAGAUGGCUUUCCUAAAGGUUGCCAAGCCCGAACUGUCCACCCCUGAAUUGGUCAAGCUGGCGAGCAGCAUCGACGAGCCCAAGGCUGUCCAGGAGUCGGUUGAUGCUCUGGCCGAGUGCCUCCACAAAGUCGACGUGCCCGAGUCAUGGGCUGAGGUGCCCUCGGAAUUUGUUCCCCCCAGGCGCCUGAAGCAGAUCAAAAACCGCAGCUUCCAGCCUUUCCAAAAGGAGGAGCCUGAAGAAGUCCUCGACCUCUCCAACUGGGAGGCUGCGGCGAAGGGCCUCAUCUUCAAGGAGGCAUACGGAACGGCUGAUAGCCUCCGCCCUGACCUUACUGUCAAGACUUUCAAGAUCACUGUGAAGGAGAACCGUCGUUUGACGCCGUUGACCUACGACCGAAACAUUUUCCAUAUCGAGUUCGACCUUGGCGACUCUGGUCUCACCUACCAGAUUGGCGAGGCUCUUGGUAUUCAUGCCGACAACGACCCUGUCCAGGUCCAGGACUUUAUCAAGUUCUACGGCCUCAACCCCGAGGACAUUGUUCAGGUGCCCUCGCGUGAGGAUCCUGCCGUCCUCGAGACCCGCACGGUCUACCAGUCGCUGCUUCAGAACCUCGAUAUCCUCGGCAAGCCGCCCAAGCGCUUCUACGAGGCUCUGGCCGAGUUUGCCACCGACGAGACGGAGAAGCAGAAGCUCACCAACCUCGGCGGCCAAGUCGGUGCCGAAGAGUUCAAGCAGCGCUCCGAGGUCGACACGUCUACGUACGUCGACAUUCUCGAGGAGUUCCAAUCCGCCCGCCCCUCCUUCACCGACCUCACCCGCAUCGUAUCACCGCUCAAGCGCCGCGAGUACUCGAUCGCGUCAGCACAGGCCGUCACGCCGACCAGCGUUGCUCUCAUGAUUGUGGUCGUCGACUGGGUUGACCCCAAGGGCCGCACGCGCUUCGGCCAAGCAACUCGCUACCUGUCGCAGCUCCCCGUGGGCGCGACCGUCACCGCGUCGGUCAAGCCGUCGGUGAUGAAGCUUCCGGUCGCCGACACGGCGCCGCUGAUCAUGGCGGGUCUCGGUACCGGUCUGGCACCCUUCCGCGCUUUUGUCCAGUACCGGGCGAUGCAAAAGGCGCAGGGCAAGGAUAUCGGCGCCAUCCUCCUCUACAUGGGCAGCCGGCACCAGCGCGAAGAGUACCUGUACGGCGAGGAGUGGGAGGCGUACGUGGACGCAGGCGUCAUCACGCUACUGGGCGCCGCCUUCUCGCGAGACCAGCCGCAAAAGAUCUACAUCCAGGACCGGAUGCGCCAGACGGUCGACCAGAUCGUGCAGUCAUACAUCACCGACGGCGGCUCCUUCUACCUCUGCGGCCCGACCUGGCCGGUGCCCGACGUCACGGCCGUGCUCGAGGAGGCCAUCGCGCAGGACGCCAAGGCCACCGGGCGCAAGGUCGACCCCCGCAAGGAGAUUGACAGACUCAAGGAGGAUGGGCGGUACGUCUUGGAGGUUUACUAGACAGAGAGUAGUGCCUUCUCGGACGGUGGCCUGUGAAGAUUCAAAAUAAAAUAAAAAUUAAAAAUUUAGGUUUUUAUGCUUUUGUUCUUUUUUCCAGUCCGAUAUAUUAGACCAUCUUAGCACAUAUUGAAAAAGCGUAAGCAUUUAUGCGGACAGAAAAAUGGCCGAAAUCUUUGCAUGCGGUUGAUCAAGACAAGAACUAUUGUUAUGCCGAACUUGGAAACUUUGAUCUAUGAUGAU